GCUUCCUCAGCAUUUCAGCUGCUUGUGAUCAUUGGACUUCCUCUGUCUAGCCUCACUGAAAAUUCUACAUGCAAGACGACAGCUCAGGCUGAUAUCAUGCUGUUGGUGGACGGUUCUUAUAGUGUUGGAAUAUUGAACUUCCAAACCAUCCGGACAUUCAUCAGUCAUGUGGUUGACAUCUUUGAAAUUGGCCCAGAUCGAGUCCAAAUUGGUCUGGUUCAGUACGCUGGGGCCCCACUUACUGAGUGGCACCUGAACACACACAAGACCCGAACUGAGCUGUUGAGGGCUGUGGCCGACCUGCCAUGCAGAGGUGGCAACACUAUGACAGGCUUGGCCUUGAACUAUAUCCUCCAGACAAAUUUCAAAGCCAGUGUUGGAAUGCGAGAAAAAUCCAGUAAAAUGGGAGUGCUAAUCACUGAUGGCAGGUCACAGGAUGAUAUUAUUUUCAGCUCCCAGAAUCUUCGUGAUCAGGGCAUUGAGAUGUAUGCUAUUGGUGUGAAUAGCGAUGAAAAUGAGCUGAGGCUAAUUGUCUCAGAUCCUGAGGAGAACCAUAUGUACCUUCUGAAAGACUUCAACUUGCUGAUCAAUGCUAAUGAUAUUAUUACCAACAUUUGCAACAGUGUGAAAUGCCCAGGUGCUCAAGGAGGAAACAGCCCCACUGUGUUCUCCAGUGCAGGUGGGACAGCUACUCUACCCUGUGCUAAUGUGCUUGAUCCAAACUGCUCCUCUACUACAUGGCUUUAUGGCAGCACUGGACCUAUUGAUGAAUUAUUUGGACAUGGGAAGAUAAAACCUGAAAACGCCAAGAACAGAUCUGAGAGACUGAGUCUGUCCAACAACUGUUCUCUCCACAUUACCAAUGUCACCACUGAGGACGCAGGACUCUACACCUGUCAGCAGUUCCCCAGAGUGGGUGGACAACAAUUUGAAGAUGAUGCUCCAGUUUAUCUCGCUGUUCUCCAUGUCUCCGCUUUCUCCAGAGAGACUGAGAUGGAGCCAGGCAGUCAUGUGACUCUCCACUGCCUCCUGCACACACACGACAACUGUACCAAAUCUGUGGGACAUAAAGGCGUCAGUCUCAGCUGGGUGGAUCAGACAGGGUCUGAUCUGAGCAACAUCACCCACCGCCAGAUCAGAACCACAUCUAUGUGUUCCACCACACCGACGGUGGAGAUCAGAGCUAAACACUCCACUUCCACACAGAGGACGUGGAGAUGCCAGCUGGCUGCAGGAGGGAAGGUUCAGACUACUGCAACCUACACCAUCAGAGGUAAUGGGACCACUGCUUCCACAAACUCAGGUGUUGCGCUGAUUGCUGGAGUUGGUGUCUCAAUUAGUGUGUUGGCUGCUGCUGCACUGAUUAUAAUUGUGGUGAUACGCAAGAGAGAGAUACAUGCUGAGGGAGAGCACACCUUAAGUCAAAGCAGGACCAGUGCCACAGCUCUCCAGUCUGUUCCAGCAGUAAACUCCUCAGCUAAUGAAGAGGAAGGAGCUGAUCUGCACUAUGAAGCCUUGCAGCACCUCAACCCAACUCCAGCUGGGCCUUCUGCAAAGCAGUCUGAGCACACUGUGACCUACAGCACCAUCAUGCAGUUAUCAGGUGGUGAGGACCAGAGCAGCAGACCUGUGGACCCCAAUGCUGUUUAUGCCACUGUUCAGAAGAAGGAUAACACACAGAAUUAACACACACAAUACAUGCACACACAUACACUCACACACGCACAAACAAACACACACACACACACACACACACACACACACACACACAAACCUCAAAAUACUCAAAAUGUCAGUGUCACUGAUAAGGUUUCCUUUUUUCCUUUUUCCUUUAAAGAUACAUGCCUUAAAAUAUACAGACGACAUACCAGACCUCUGUAUAAAUGUGUCAUAUUGUUAACUGUGAAGAUACUAAUUAGAUAUUAGAAAGGCAUCUACAGUAACUCAUAUCCUUCAUGUGCUGUAUAUCAUAUCCUUCAUGUGCAGUAUAUUGUAUCCUACAUGUAACUUAUCAUAUUCUACAUGUGUAAUUUAUAUCAUAUCCUUCAUGCUGCAUUUCAUAUUCUACAUGUGCCGUAGGUCAUAGGUCAUGCACAUGCAUACUGUAUGCAUAUCAUAGACAUGUUUCUAUGAGUUUGACUUUGAAUCCUCAACUCUCUUUCUAAUUUGAAGCCCUUUUAGAUCAGCAUUAUAUUUCUAAUAAACACACUGUAUAUAAACAAUUAGCUAUUGUGUUUCGCUGUGUUUUAAACAACUUUGAA